UCUCGCCCACCAUGUCCGUAGCACGUCCGACCCUCCUGAUUGCCCGCCUCCCACGACACCUCCGCCCCUUCAGUCUCCGCCACCGCCUCCGCGACUCGCGUACCACUCCGCCCCCAGCUCCCAUCGCGCCCCGCGCCUCCCCACCAAAAAAGAAUCGCGGCAACCAACUCCCCGUCUAUUCUCUAGUAGCCAUUUUCGCCCUAGGCACAAUCGCCUUCAACAUCCUCAUUCAACAGCGCGCCGGCCAAACUCCCGCUCACACCUACGAGCUCCCCGACCGAGCGCCAUCCUCCAAAGACCAGUGGCCACACCCCACCAACCGCUCUCCCAAGGACCAGUAAACAGCAACUAUGCCUGCAAUCGACCAACUCGAGUCCUUCAAACGCACCUCUCCCCUCUUCAAAUCCGCCAUCAACCCCACCUCCGACGAUGAAGCCCUCGUAGUCUUCGUCCUGGGCGGUCCAGGUGCAGGAAAAGGCACUCAAUGCUCCAACCUUGUCCGAGAUUACAACUUCAAGCAUCUCUCUGCAGGUGACCUCCUCCGCGCCGAACAAGACCGUGCUGGCUCCGAAUUUGGCGAAAUGAUCAAGACCUACAUCAAAGAAGGUCAAAUCGUCCCUCAAGAGGUCACAAUCCAGCUUCUCGAAAAUGCCAUGAAAGCUACCAUUUCCGAGACCGGGAAUCGUAAAUUCUUGAUCGAUGGUUUCCCUCGCAAGAUGGACCAAGCGGUCAAGUUCCAGGAGAUCGUGUGCCCCAUGGCUUUCACGCUCUUCUUUGACUGUCCCGAGGAGACUAUGAGGAAGCGACUGCUGCACCGAGGAGAGACUAGCGGGCGAGCAGAUGAUAAUGAAGAGAGCAUCAAGAAGCGAUUCAGGACAUUCGUGGAGACAAGUAUGCCUGUGGUGGAGCACUUUGAGAAAGAAGGGAAAGUGGUCAAAGUGGACGCCACGCCAGAGCCAGAGGAAGUAUACAAGAACGUCAAGGCGCAAUUUGUGAAGCGAGGUGUCCAGGAGUCGAGAACACAGGAACAGAGUGCCAAGGAGGGCGCUGCUGCGGGCAAGAGUGUGCAGGAUUAGAGGCAUGGACAUAUCUUGAUGCAGGUGGACACGGUGGUGGAAGUGGAGUAUCUCUAAGAUACCAGCACGGAAGAAUCCAUACAGGCAGUGACGGGCAAAACUUACGCCACGACAGAGAGGCAUAGAAAAUGUUCCACCUCCUGAGUUCUAUGUUUUAUCUCAUAUAUGCCUGCAAAUGCAUCCAGCCCUCGACCUCUAGCGCCGCCGCUAUACACAAUAUACAAACAGCGAUAACAUCGUACAAUACUUCGAUCCAACUCUUCAGUCGUUCAAUCUUCGU